ACCAGAGAUUCCAUUGAAAUCAUGCUUGUCAACCAAAAGAAAAAAGUUUCCUUCUUUCGUACGGAUUUCUGUUCAAAAUUCAGCUGGUUCUUGCUUUGACCAAGAGAGAUAUGUUUGAGUUGUGAGCCAAUAUUUGUUUGAAAAACCUUGGCAUGAUCCAAUAUUAUCUUCAAUCAUAAUCCAAUCUUUGAAUCGUUUCCUAUUGCAAUAUUUACAAGCUAACUUUGAAUUGUUUCCUAUUGCAAUAUUUACAAGCUAAGGCCUUGAACUGUUCAAAAUAAGCUUGGUAUAAUCAAAUUCAUACAAAAUGUUACAAAUAGUGGCAGAAACCACAUAUAUCUUAGAACAAUAGAUUGAAUUUUCACCAAUAUUCAUCCUAAUCUUUAUCAGGGCUGAUGUGGAAAACAACAAAUAACUUACCCAAAAAAGUUCAAACUUUCAAGCAUAAGCCAGCUGUAUGCAAUAAAGGUCAAUAAUGACCAACAGGCUGACCCACUCCUCAUCUAUAAAUACCCAUCUUCACUAAUUGCCAUAACACAGUCACAAACAAGCCAAAGCAGGAAAUUAAUUGAGAUAGUGCAGUAGAGUGAAAGGAACAAAAAGAUGGCUUCAGAUGAAUGCAAAGGGAAAAGUUCGUGGCCGGAGCUUGUGGGGAAGAAAGGGGAGGAUGCAGCAGCAACAAUUGAGAAGGAGAAUCCUCAUGUCAAUGCUAAGAUAGUGUUGGAAGGAACAAUAGUCACUGAGGAUUUCUGGUGCGCUAGGGUUCGAGUUUGGGUUAACACUUAUGGGAUCGUUACUAGGGUUCCGAUCAUUGGUUAAAUAGAAAAGGGCUUAAUCAUGCUUGACUAGCAAGUUACUUGCUUUUAUUCUUCAAUAAUGUUGUGUAAAAUGUUAAUAUAGGGAUCUAUAUGUUGCAAUUUAAAAUAAAAAUAAUGGCCCAAGUUAUGGUUAUAUAUAUAGAUCUCAUGGUCUCUAUGUAAAUGUGUAAUUUGUUUCAACUUUGGAAUAAGAUGUUAAACAAUUUCAAUUAGAGCUUACCUUUUUCAUAUUUUUGUCCUUAUCUUGAAUU